UACAUUUUUAUUUGGUUGUUUGGUUUCUUUAAAUUCUCAGCCUCUAUACAAAAUUUUCUCAAUUCUUCUUGAAAUUAGGGUUUCCCCUUUCUCUGAGAGGGCUGUGCACCUAAAUUAUCCCUCCUAUUGACUAAAGAGUUAAGCCUAUUACAUCUACUUUGGAAACAAAUUUCAAAGGUAAGAAAAAGCCAUUGACAGAGGAAGAAAGAUACACUUAGAUCCUCAAAGAACCUAAAGAUCUAAAGGUAGGUCUAAAAAUUCAAAAAGACAUGGCGUCGUCAUCAUCAAAUACAUAUAACUCACCAUGCGCCGCGUGCAAGUUUCUUCGCCGCAAAUGCAUGCCCGGAUGCAUAUUCGCGCCAUAUUUCCCACCGGAGGAGCCACACAAGUUCGCCAACGUCCACAAAAUCUUCGGAGCGAGCAACGUCACCAAGCUCCUCAACGAGCUCCUCCCUCACCAGCGUGAAGACGCAGUCAACUCCUUGGCCUAUGAGGCCGAGGCACGUGUUCGUGAUCCUGUCUAUGGCUGCGUUGGAGCCAUCUCUUAUCUCCAGAGACAAGUCCAUAGGCUUCAGAAGGAUCUCGACGCAGCUAAUGCUGACUUGGUUCACUACGGUCUGUCCACUUCAACACCUAGUAACGUCGUCGACUUGGUGUUUCAGCCUCAGCCGCUUCCACAGCAGCCGCAGCCGUUAAACCCGGUUUAUAGGCUUCCCGGGGCCAGUCGUGGUACCGGAGGGUCGUGUGGGACUUUUCUUCCUUGGAACAAUGGUCAUAAUCAGCAAGGAGGUAACAUGUGAGAGAGUAUAUAAAUUGUGUGUGUGUUCCAUCUAUUCAUCUCUCUCUAUUUUUCUAUAUUAUGUCAUUAUGUGUGUGUGUGUGGUAAGAAUACAUUAUAAUAAGCUAGAAAUUUUCCUAGCAAACAUUUAUAAAUGCAUUGUGUUAUUUAUUUUAU